GAAAUCGAGCUGCAGAGGGAGCUGGAGGACAUGGCGAAGCAGAUCUCGUCGCAGGCCGUCCACUGCGCGGGCGGCCUGGCGGAGCAGAGCAAGGCCCUGCUGGCCGACGCAACGCGGCGCCUGGCCUCGGAGCCCAGCGACCAGGUGGACGCGGAGUUCCGCUCGUCGCUGCAGGCGCUGCUGGAGCGCGCCGCCGCGCGGUCCGAGGCCGAGCUGGAGCGCAUCCUUCGCGCCCGCCGCGCGCAGCUGCCGGCGGCGCGGAGGGAGGAGAUGCGCAGGAAGUUGCAGACGCCCGUGGAGUACCAGGGUGAGCUUUCCCGGUACACGUGGGCGCUCAGCCUCUCCGAGGCGGUGGACAGGGACCAGCUGCGGGCCCUCAAG